AUGAAAAACCGGGUGACGGCGAUGAAACCUACGGCGCUUCGCAGGGUCAUCACGCUCCGCAUUUUCACAACGUCCAGUACGCUCAACGGUCGCGCGACGUUCGUCACGCUCACCAGGCACCCUACGCUCACGCUACAACCAACAGACCGCGCAGAGGCAGGCGUCAACGUGGUGGAAAGGGCCGUCAGCGACGCCACUCCAUUUAGCCAUUGCUGUUUAAAUUCCGUGUUACAGCGAACGAGUUUGGAAGCUGUGUUGCCAUGGAGAAGACCACAUACUCGUUUACAACUGACCGCUUGGGAAUAUUGCAAUCCUGAAGACAAUGGUUUAAAGUACACCCUGCUAACUACCGUUGGCACAUUUCUCAUCGUUUGUGGAGCUAGUAUUAAAGUUGACAAUGGGCCUUCACCAAGCCCCUCAGGUGAACGAAGCAUUGUGAGACUGAUGUGGUUUGCCUUGCGGCUGUAG